AUGGCAGUGCAAGAAGAGCUCGAACUCGGACGAGUCGACAACGUGAACCCCGGAGGCCGAAAAGGUGAACAGAAGCCUGCAGAACACCUGCCGUCUUCAGUGUUGCAUGCGCUCAUUUGCGCUCAUGCUCGCGGGGGCGAUGCAGACGCAGCCUUCUCGCUAUUGGGCUCAUUGGAGGCAGCUCAGGCAGUGAGCAGUGCUGGUGCAACCGAGAAGAUUCCCGUGGAGAUCUUUGAAGCCCUCAUCGAAGGCUUGGUGAGUGGGGGGCGCGUGGAAGCUGCCUUUGCUGCUUUUGAUCGAAUGCGGACGUGGGCGCUACUGGUUCCGUCGCCGCAGCUGUACGCACAGAUGAUCAAAGCUUGUGGGAUUGUCCGGGAUCCCGAGCAGGCCCAGAGCCUCUUUGACGAGAUGGCUUCGAGGUCGGAGCCAACUGAGACUGCGAGGGCUGAGUUGGCUGUAGCCUUGUCAAGCAGACGACGCACUGCCAAAAACGCCUUCGCCAUCGCAGGGGAGGCAGCACGGAGAGGUGAAGCUCUUGGGCAGCGUCUUUGUGUGGCUUUGGCACGUGCUUGUGCAGAAGGAGGGCGUGCAGAUGAGGCCAAGCUUCUCCGAAGGAGAAUGAUGGCUGCCGGGAUUGUUCCUGAUGCGGGCAUCCGUGCUGACCUUGUGCGAGCCUUCGGCGCAGCAGCGGCCACAGCUCGAGGUGGCGAGCGAACUAGGCUUCUUUCGCAUGCAUGGCGGGAGGUGCAGGAGGCCAAGGCGCAAGGAGUGCAACCUCUGCCAGCAGAACUGCUACAUGCCUUGCUUGCAGCUUAUUGCUCCGCCGACUUGGCAGGCCAUGCACAAGAAGUGCUCAUGAUGAGCCAGUCGCAGCUUGGAGUGGAGCCGGAUGAAGUGGCUUACGCUAUCGUCCUGUCAGCAUUGGAGGUCGCCUCACCAACAGAGUUUCGGCGCCUAUGGUUUCACAUGCGGAACAUGCCGGAACGUGUGAGGUCAGCACUUCGCGUGGCCGUGAAGCUUCAGGAUCUCGCUUUUGCCCGAUCCGUCAGGGUUUUGGAACUGCUCUUCCAGGCCAAGGCGUCUCCAGAGGCUGCCACUAUGGCAGCGCUUGGGGCGGUGACAGGUCCGGAAGCUGCUGCCUUGCGCCGUCUCCUUGCUGCGUUCAGCAAGGUGCGCAGGCAAAGCUCCGCUGGAGAUGGUGUGGCUGCGGAAAAAGAGCGGUGGGGCAGACCUGACGGGCAUGCCUUGCAAGCAUCGCCCUCCCGGCACAUCAAGCAUGUUCGCGUGUCAAUGCAGGUGAUCUUCAUGGACGUCCAGAAGUCCGCCGAGGUGGCAGAGCCGCCCGGAGAAAGUCCCGCACCGCGCGGGAGGCGCCAGAGCGUGCUCUCAAUUUUCGACGUCCAAACAGACAAGCCAGACAAGCAGCCGCCCUCCAGAGAGGGAUCAUUCCUUCGGCGGCUCACGGGCAGUUUCGCACAAGAGGAGCCCGGCCUAGAUGAGGCCCAGAAGCAAAGAUGGAAGGAGAUGAUGCAACAGGCAGGAAUCUCCUCACGAUCUGGCUCUGACAACGCGGAUGUCCAAGAAGAGGAUGGAGACGACGAGGUUAAGCCAGGAGGCUUGAAACGAAGUGGAACUGGCUGGAGCAGCAUGCCGAAAAAGGAUCGGCGAGUACAAGACCGCCUUAGGGGUUUGAAUGGAAAUCGAUGCCUCGAGUCUAGACUUCUGGCGGCGACCGUCCUCGAGUCGGAGGCGUUUGAUUUCGUGAUGAUUGUCAUCAUCCUCGCGAAUGCAAUCACCAUAGGCGUGGAGCAGAAUAUCCGUGUUGAGGGCGGCAACACCAAGGAUGGUCCCCUGAAUGUCUUGGAGCAUAUCUUCCUCGUUAUAUACACUCUUGAGAUUUUCCUGCGCUUCUUUGUGAACGGUCCAUGCAAAUCUCUUCGAGACCAUUGGGUGAAGUUUGACACAAUUCUGGUGAUUUUGGGCUGGCUCGUCCUAUGGAUUCUACCGGUGGCAAUGUCGCCUGCAGAUGAGACGGGCGAGUGGUCCAGCUUCUUAACAUUGCGGACACUUAGAUUACUGCGCUUGGCGAGAACCGCCCGUAUCAUCACUAGAAUGCAUGAACUCUGGAUGCUGGUGCAGAUGGUCACAUCCUGUGCUAGCACAAUGGUUUACACGCUUCUGUUGCUUCUCACGGUGUUGUACCUGUUCUCGUUGCUCUUCGUGGAGGUUAUCACCAACCACCCCAUGGCGAGAAAUGAGGCGUCGGACCCUCACUUUUAUGAUGUUGCCAAUGAGCAUUUCGGCAAUCUCUUCGUGACCAUGAUGACUCUUGUUCAGUUCGUCACAUUAGACUCGAUGGCCAAUGUCUACAAGCCUCUCGUCAAGGUGGAUCCGGGCUUGGCCGUCUACUUUGGGGGCCUGGUGCUCGUCAUCUCUAUCGUGCUGAUGAAUCUCAUCACUGCGGUGAUCGUCAACAGCGCCCUCGAGCAGGCCUCGAGCAAUAAGGAGAUACAGAGGAUCCAGGAGAACAAGCGUCGGAAAAAGACCAUCGAUGAGCUUCGGGGAAUGUUCUCGCGCCUAGAUGAAGAUGGCAGCGGGACCAUCACCUUGGCGGAGAUCAUGGAGGCCACAGAAGAGGACCAGAUGCUCUUGAAGAAGUUCUUGACGCUGGAGAGUCCGCUGGAGAUAUUUCGCAUGCUGGAUAUAGAUAACUCGGGGCAGCUCAACAUAGACGAGUUCUGCGAGGGUGUCAUACAGGCCGUCACCUCAGAUCGGUCGGUGGAGUUCAAGCGUAUCGACAAGAACUUCAAGCAACUAAGAAAAGAAGUCAGGGCCUUGCAGCUGUCCGUGGACAAGUUGACGGGCUUGGUUGUCCAUACCAUGGGUGUCGGGUCAACGCUGUCAACAUCCAGCUUGCAGCUGUCAGUCGUGUCCCAGGAUGUCAGGGAUGCGAAGAACAAGCGCAAAGGAAUAUUUUUUGAAGAGGACGUGAAGUCAAGGGAGCCAGUCAUGGAGCCAGAGCCUCGGGGAGCUCUGGACACACAGAUGGCUCCGAUCUGGGCCACGGAUCUUUUUAAAUCUCUCAGAGAAGAGUUGGCGCAAGAGUUUUGGCAGGUGCGCAGUGACCUCGCACGCGGCAUUGCUGUGACGGCACAGCAGGCUGCACAAGUCUCCGCAGGUCGACCUGCCGACGCAUCCGAUCUACAUCAGGAGGUGGUAGCCGCCAUGAAGUUGGCGUGGGUCUCCGACAGAUUCCUGCACGAGCGGCCACCUGAGAGGCCAACUGUCCCGGGUGCUGCUCGAGAAUUCCAAGGACAUCUGCCGAACAAGCUCAAGGAAAACCCCGCUGCAAGAGGCGAAAGGACUGGUGCUGCUGCGGUGCCUGUUGCAGCACCUGCCAUGCCACCAGCGCCGCCGCAGACGGACGCAGACUCACCCCGGUUCGAUCUCGGGCCGUGGAGGGAUUGA